AUGGGGCAGAGGGAUCCGGGGGCUAAAAUGGUCCUUGGGACAGGGGAGGAGUCCUCCGCUGGGGAGAGUCCUCUCUGCUCUAUGUUCCACCUGAAUAGCUUCCGUCUGUGCUCAGCCUGUGCUGGGCAGAUGGACUGCUGCUCUUACCUCUCCAUCCUGGGACAGGGCCUUGAGGGGGGCAUGAUGAGAAGAUUGGGGAGAGAGUGCAGUGCAGCUCUACUGUCUGCUCUACAGUCUGCUCUACAGUCUGCACUAGAGUCUGCUCUACAGUCUGCUCUACAGUCUGCUCUACAGUCUGCUCUACUGUCUGCUCUACAGUCUGCUCUAGUCUGCUCUACUGUCUGCUCUACAGUCUGCUCUACUGUCUGCUCUACUGUCUGCUCUACAGUCUGCUCUAGUCUGCUCUACUGUCUACUCUACAGUCUGCUCUACUGUCUGCUCUACUGUCUGCUCUACAGUCUGCUCUACAGUCUGCUCUACUGUCUGCUCUACAGUCUGCUCUACAGUCUGCUCUACAGUCUGCACUACAGUCUGCUCUACUGUCUGCUCUACAGUCUGCUCUACUGUCUGCUCUACAGUCUGCUCUACAGUCUGCUCUACAGUCUGCUCUACAGUCUGUACUACAGUCUGCUCUACUGUCUGCUCUACUGUCUGCACUACAGUCUGCUCUACUGUCUGCACUACAGUCUGCUCUACAGUCUGCUCUACUGUCUACACUACAGUCUGCUCUACAGUCUGCUCUACAGUCUGCACGCUGGAAUCUGGGUCACGUGA